AUGGAUUUCUAUGCAACUUCUCAAUACCCUGAGGGGGUGAUCAGUUUCCUCGACACUGAUCUUUACAAAUUAACUAUGCAAUGCGCCGUCUUAAAAUACUUCCCCAGCGUGAAGGUAACAUACGCGUUCAAGAAUAGAACGCCAGAGAAGAAGCUAUCAAGAGUUGCAUUUCGUUGGCUACAGCUUCAAAUCAGUAAGCUGGGAAAUAUUGCGCUCAAGGAUGAGGAAUUCCGAUUCCUUCAAAAUACCUGCACGUACCUAAAUAAACCUUACCUCGACUUCUUGAAGGAGUUCCGACUGGAUCCGCGAAACCAAAUUGAAGCUAGCUUUGUAGCAGAUGACGAUAAGGGAAAAGAUGAGGAUUUGGGAGAAAUCAAUUUGGUGGUCAAGGGUUUAUGGGUUGACACUAUCUUGUACGAAAUUCCAUUAUUGGCUUUGACCAGCGAGGCGUACUUUCGAUUCAUGGAUACGGACUGGACAUAUGAGGGACAGGAAGAGAGGGCAUACGAGAAGGGAAUAUCGCUUUUGGAGGCCGGAUGCAUUGUAUCGGAGUUUGGAACAAGAAGAAGAAGAGAUUAUCACACUCAAGCUCUUGUAUUUCGCGGGUUGGUUAAGGCUAAGAAGGUCGGAGAAGAACGAGCAUUGCCUGGAAAGAUUUCGGGUACGAGUAAUGUUCAUUUGGCUAUGCGAUUUGGAAUCCCUCCUAUAGGAACUGUCGCACAUGAAUGGUUUAUGGGUGUUGCGGCUAUUACGGAUAACUAUAAAACUGCCACGGCUACUGCGUUGGAUUACUGGGUUGGAUGUUUUGGUCAGGGUGUUUUGGGUAUUGCUCUUACGGAUACUUUUGGUACUAAAGACUUUCUCCGGGUCUUUUCUCAAAAAAUUCCAUCCUUCACAACCGCUACUUCAGGAGCUGCUGCUACGUUGCCAUCGGCUGAUGCGCUCACAGCCGAGGGAACAAGUAGUACCAAGCCACCUCUAAAUGCCGCGGAACACAAAGCAAACGGAGAUGUCCCAACGUUUGCACAAGCCUUCACUGGUGUUCGACAAGAUUCAGGUGAUCCAGCAAGCUUCGUGAAAAAGAUGCGUCAGUUUUAUGAUGAGCAGGGCAUCAAGGAAAAGAAAACCAUUGUCUUUUCUGAUUCAUUGGACGUCGAGCUUUGCAAAAAGUACAAGCAAAUAGCCGAAGAAUCAGGAUUUCAACCUACAUUUGGUGUGGGUACAUUCUUCACGAAUGAUUUCGUUCAUCAAUCUACAGGCAAAAAGUCGACGCCGUUGAAUAUCGUCAUCAAAUUAAGUUCUGCUAAUGGUAAACCGGCUAUCAAGAUUAGUGAUAAUAUUGGGAAGAAUAUGGGCGAUGAAAGUACAGUUUUGAGGGUUAAGAAGGACUUGGGUUAUGUGGAAGAGGAAUGGCAGGGAGGUGAUGAGACAACGAGAUGGGGAAAGGAAGGAGAGGAUGUUGUGAAGAAAUGA